AGUGCGUCAGAGGAAGCGCGGGGAGAGUAGGGUGCUGUUGUCCGAGCUAGAGGGUGCAGCUGGCGGAGCAAGAGGAUGGGCGAGCACUCUGAAUGCCAGAAUGGAUAACCGUUUUGCUACAGCAUUUGUAAUUGCUUGUGUGCUUAGCCUCAUCUCCACCAUCUACAUGGCAGCCUCGAUUGGCACAGACUUCUGGUAUGAGUAUCGAAGUCCAGUCCAAGAAAACUCGAGUGAUUUGAAUAAAAGCCUCUGGGAAGACUUCAUUAGCGAUGAGGCUGAUGAAAAGACUUACAACGAUGCACUUUUCCGAUACAAUGGCACAGUGGGACUGUGGAGACGAUGUAUCACCAUACCCAAAAACACACACUGGUACAGUCCUCCAGAAAGGACAGAGUCGUUUGAUGUGGUUACAAAAUGUAUGAGUUUCACACUAAAUGAGCAGUUCAUGGAGAAAUUUGUUGACCCAGGAAACCACAAUAGUGGAAUUGAUCUGCUUCGGACCUAUCUUUGGCGUUGCCAGUUCCUCUUGCCUUUUGUGAGUCUGGGUUUGAUGUGCUUUGGGGCUUUAAUUGGACUGUGUGCUUGCAUCUGCCGAAGCCUGUAUCCCACCAUUGCCACAGGCAUUCUCCAUCUCCUUGCAGGUCUCUGUACACUGGGCUCAGUGAGUUGUUAUGUUGCUGGAAUUGAACUGCUCCACCAGAAACUGGAGCGGCCUGAGAAUGUGUCUGGUGAAUUUGGAUGGUCCUUCUGCUUGGCUUGCGUCUCAGCUCCCUUACAAUUCAUGGCUUCUGCCCUCUUCAUCUGGGCUGCUCACACCAACCGGAAAGAGUACACCUUAAUGAAGGCAUACCGUGUGGCGUGAAUGAGAAACUGCCUGCUCUACAGUUGCUUUUUUAAAUUAAUUUUUAAUAUCGAUAUUCUUCCUGGCUUUCUUUCCAGUUUUUGAUUUUAAUCUUUUUUGUGGAUUUAUCAUUUUACCCAGAAGAUCCAUUUUAUUUAUACAUAUACACUACUAAACAAUACCACUGAAAUAUACGUGGCUUAUUCUGAGUGGUUCUGUCAUUUAAAUUCAGAUUCAAGACACAAAGAAAGGGGUAGAGACAUGGCACAUAUUUGUGAAAGAAAAUUGGCAGUGGGAAAUUGACCCAGAACAGAUUCUGCUGAUGUUGUUAGCAGUAAAAUAGUUAUGUCUUUUGGAGUAGAAACUUGGUAAUUUCUUUGGGAAACCUCUGGUCGUUGCGCUAACUUCCUGUUCAGGUCAGCGUUUUAGAUAGCCAGGCAGCCAGUGGCGUUAGUGCUGUUUUCAGUCUGGAACUUCAUGGACAUUGGGAAGCUACCUAAGAUGCUUUCUCAAGGCUUCGGCAGGUGCUUUCCUGUGAGGUUUAAAGUGGCAGCUGAUUAUAGCUGCACUGUGUCUGUCUAAGAGGAAAGAGGUGGAAAAUACAAUGUUUACUUAAAUUUUAUAACUGCAGGAAUUUCAGUUCAGCCAGACCAGAUGGUUAAUAUUAUUUGUGUAGUUCUGUCUUGGGACUUUGAGUGCUACCAAGCCACUCUGAGCUUUUGCCCUUCUGUCCUCACACCAGGUUUUUGAAGAGUGCUUCCUCUUCACAUCACAUUGGGAUUCCAGAGCAAAUUCUCUAACCGCUUUUCUUUGUUCCAAGUACCACAUAGAAGGGUCCACCACCAACAACCUUCAGCUGGGAAAACUACCACAAGAUCUAAAGCUUUAGCCGUUAGCCUCCAAAUAUGGUCUUUACUUCUUGUGGUGAAAUUAUGUGCCUUUCCUUGCCUAAACUCCUUCCUGGUAUGUGUCAACAUUAUUUGUCAUCUAAUUGAUUCAGUUUUUUUUUUACAAAUAUGUCUAUAAACAUUGAGCUUUUAAAACUCUUUUUAUUCCAUUACUGUAGCACUUCAACAGAUUUUAAGAAAUGUAACUUAGUAAUUUCUUACCAUAUCCUAAGUCUUUUUUAAAAAAAAAUAAAAUGAAAAAUGAGAAGAGACUCAAAUUAUUGUGUAGAGUGUCUCAAUUGAUUUACAUUCCAGUACCUUAGGAUAAAGUAGUGGAGGAAUCACUGGGGAUCUCUGUAGAAAAUGCAGACUAUUGAUGUUACAGGUAUACAUCUAUGUCCUGUUUUGAGGACUGUUAUAUUUCUCAGAAAAUAUGGGAACCCCAUCCCCCAUUAAAUAAUAAAAUUUUGUCUUAUUUGUUUUGGAAUUUUAAAAUAUUUUAAAUCUAGGUUUACUCUCUGUCAUACGUAGGUGGCUAGUCUAAUAUCUUAACAGGAAAGAUGAAGUCAGUGUCAGAGUUAAGCAAAACCAACAGCACUCUAGUUGAUUGCCUCUGAAACCCACGUGUUAACUCUGGAAGUUACAUUGUUCUUUUGUGGAAAAUAGAAAAACUCUAGGAGCAAACAGAACUUAAUGGGAAGGUGAUUUAAAGAAAUUGCAGAA